AUGGAAUUUUCAAAAACAUUUUCAAGUUUAGAUUGUCCAUUUACAUCCACUUUAAAUAAUUAUUCUAAAAGCAAUACUACUGUAGGUUAAAAUGGUUUCUUAUAAUUUGUUUAAUUUAUUUUUACUGGAUUUAUACUGUUACUUUUUAUUAUUUUUAGGCCACAACAGUACACACAUUUUCAGAACAAGGUAUUAGUUCUAAAAUAAUUAAGACUGAAAACAUAUCUGUGGAUGGAAGUAUAUCACCCAGGCGAACUGUUAAAUUACACUCCCAAAGGUAUUAUAUUAGUAUUGUUAAGCUAGUAGUAGAAAAUAAAUAUUAAUUCACUAUAGUUCUAUAUUCUAUUUAUUCUAGUCUGAAGAAAGAAGAAGCAAAAAGAAAAACUCAUUGGAAACAAUCUCCUGAAAAUCUCAAAAGGUAAACCUUUUAAACUAAAAACUUUGAUAAUAUUUUCUUUUAACUCUUCAAUUAUUUUUCUUUUCUACUAUACUACAACAAUUUUUAUUUUGUUUCUAGGAAAUCCAAAAAUGUAAUGUGUGAAAGUAGUACAGAACCAAAUACUCAAGUUAUUGAAAAAUCAACUAAAGAAAAUCCUGGAAGGUAACAUUUACAUAUAAUUUUAAUAUAAAUUUUCAUAACUUAUUAUUAAUGACAAUAUAUAUACCGGAAGGUGACAAUUCAAACUGAGUGAUAUAAUAAUGUUUUCUCUUAAUUUUUAAUUAUUUUCUUUACAAUCAUACUACAUCCAUUUUUAUUUUGUUUCUAGGAAAUCCAAAAAUGUGAUUUGUGAAAGUAGUACAGAACCAAAUACUAAAGUUAUUGAAAAAUCAACUAAAGAAAAUCCUGGAAGGUAACACUUACAUAUAAUUUUAAUAUAAAUUUUCAUAACUUAUCAUUAAUGACAAUAUAUCUUCCAGAAGGUAACAAUUCAAACUGAGUUUUCUUUAAAUUUUUAAAUUUUUUUUUUCAAUUAUACUAAAAUAAUUUUAUUUUUAUUUCUAGAAAGUCAAUGACAAUGCCUGCAAUUAGUUUGAAACCAGGUAAGUUAGAAAGUGACUCAUCUAGUAAAAGAAAUUAAUUUAUUCUAAUCAUAAAUUUUUUACAGCCUCUAAAAUAAAUAAACAGCUAUAUUUUGUAAAAAUCUUUGAAAGAGCUUGUGUUGUUUGCAAACAAUUUAAUGAAACCAUUAAAUGCACGGGCUCAUGCCAAAAAUAUUUCCAUAAAGAAUGUUUUGUUAUAAGUAACCAGGAAUGUAACAAAAAAAUGAAAUUAAAAAAUGUAAAAAAAGAUUCUGUUCAAAGAACAUCAAUUUUUAACAUUGAGAUUAAAUCUACUAAUGAAUUAUUGAAAAAGGAAUCCAAAAAUAUAUGUAGUUCAUGCAAAGCAAAUAAAACUGAUUGUUUUAUAUGUGGUUUAUUAAUUGAUGAUACUCAACAAAAACUUGUUUGUAAAUUAGGUGAGUUCAAUAUAUACAUAUUUUAUAUAAUUUGAUUGUUUUUCUUUCAAAACUUACUUCUUUUAUUAACAAUAAUUUAAUAUGCCAUUAAAUUUCAAAGUUUUGGUUUGUAAAUAUCUUUUAAUUCAUUUUUAACUUAAAUAAUGUAAUAUCAUUAAAAUGACUCAGUAAUAUUAUUAAUUAUUAUUGUCUUAAUUUAUAGAUACUUGUAAAAGAUAUUAUCACAGAAAUUGUUUGGAGGAGUGGCCUCAAUGUCAGUGGAGUGAAGUUUCACCAAACACUGAUCCAACUGUUAUGUGCCCGCAUCAUGUUUGUCAUUUAUGUAUUUCUAGUAAUCCUGAAAAUGCAUGCAAAGCAUAUUUCCCUGAUAAACAACUUAUCAGGUGUAUUAAAUGUCCAACAUCUUAUCAUCGAAGUAAUAUACCUAAAAAAAAAAGGAAUUAUUAUUUAUAUUUAUAUUAAUAGUUUGUAUUAUGCAGGUGAAUACUGUUUGCCAGCCGGUAGUGAAAUUUUAACAUACUUUGAUAUUGUUUGUAGUAGACAUUUUGAACCUAUAAAAACAAACAAACACCACUUUAAUACUUCCUGGUGUAUCAUUUGUACAGAAGGUGGUUAUUCAAAUAUAUGUUUAAAUUAUUUGUUUAUUUUUAUUUACUAUACGAUUGUCCAAUAUAUUUUAUUAAGGUGGUACAUUGGUUUGCUGCGAUUUAUGUCCAAAUUCUUUCCACGUGAAUUGUUUAAAUCAAAAUCCAUCAAAAUUUGAAAACCGUUUUAUUUGUGAAGAAUGUCAAUGUGGACGAUAUCCUUUAUACAAUGAAAUAGUUUGGACUAAAAUAGGAAAUUAUAGGUACAAUUCAACAUUAAAUGUAUUAUUAUUUUUUAUUUAUUUAACUAAUUUGCAUUUACAUAAGUAUGUCAUAUAUGUAAUGCUACUGAAUACUUGAAAUACCUAACAUAGAACCAAUAACAUGUUUCUUAUAUUGGUAUCCAAUAAAAUGCAAUGCUAUUAACUGGUUUGUGUGUUCUUCCAGUACAUUUUUACACAAUCAAUAUUAAAUUAUUUUUAAUUUUAAUUUAUUCCAUAUUAAAAAGUAACUAGUAGUCACUUUUCUAUAUAUAAAAACAAGAUUGCAUGGUAUAAAAAACUAAAAAAUGUAUAUAACAGUAACAAAUUAUUGUUGUACAUCAAAUAUGUUUUGUAGCCAAUGUUUAUUUCUUAAUAAAUGUGACUAUUAAAGGAAAGGUAGAUUUUUAAUUGCAAUACUAAAUUUAGAAAAAUUGAAUUUUCAGUUUUUUUCUUAUAAUUUUAUAAUGUACAUUCUCUCCAAUUUUAUUGUAUCCGUGCAUUAUUUUUGAAGUUGUAAAAAGCAUGUUUAUAUUGAAUCAUUCAAUUUAAAAUAUACAUAUUUUUGCACAAUUGGUAAUAUUAAAGUGUUCAAUUUGUUUAAAUUAAUGUUACUAAAAUUAUCACUAUUUCUGUAGGUGGUGGCCAGCAAAAAUUAUUUUUCCAGAUCAAGUUCCACAUAUAAUCAAUGUAAAAGCACAUUCUGUUGGAGAAUUUGCAGUACAAUUUUGUGGAACACACGAUUAUUGUUGGGUGAACCGUGGACAAGUAUUUUUUUUUCAUGAAGGGGUAAUAAUUAUUUUUAUUAAUCUUUUAUCACUUAUAAAACAAUAAUAUAUGUCUUUCCCAACACUUGUAUUUACACUAUUACCUUAGAAAUGAUCAAAGCUAUUAGUAAUUUAUUAUUUACUAAUGCUUCAAUAAGUAAACUGAAAUAUGUACAGGGUAAUUGUUGAACAAUCAUAUUUCAAAAUUAUUCAAAAUUUAUCUCAAAAAAUUGAAAGACCAAGCAACUCUUUAAAUGUUAUAUUAUGCUUAUUUUUGGGACUAUUUACUAUUAAUUAUUAUUCUAAUAAUUAUUUUAAUAUAGUUUACCAUUUGAAAAUCAAAAGUAGACAGUCAGUUUUAUUUUCAAUAAUAAAGGUGUCAAUGAAUAAUGGCAAUGUAUCAUUUUAGAGCUGCUUGUUCCUUAAAUUCGAUAAAAAAAAAAUAAAUGUUGAAAAAACUAAAUAUUUUUUGAAAUAAUAAGUGUUUAGCAAUACAUAAACCACCUUGUUUAUAUAUAUAUAUAUAUAGCUGGCGAAUAAUUAAAGAUAUUAUUAACAGCUCAAAACAAAAGUUACCUAUCCAAUCCAUACAAAAUCUUUCUGGUGAAAAAUUACACAUCUCUAACUAAUCAAAAGAAAUAAUAAUUAUUUUUGCAGUGCUGCACAAAAUAUGUAUAACAAAACUAAACAUAAAAAACAAUUAUUACACAAUAUUAAUAACAUAGAAUUUCUAUCAAACUAAAAUUAAUAACUCAACAAUAAUGUUUGAUAAAUUCAACUUUAUUAAAGAUGAAACAAUUAUAAAAUCAAUACAAUAGAUUCAAUAAUGCCACUUAAACAAACACCUCACUUGGACUAGACAGAAUUACUGUUAAAAUGCUUAAAUCAAAUGUACUAACUUAUAUUUUGUUAUAUUUUGGAAGGUUUUUAGCAAUAUUGGAAAUUUGAGAAAUGGGCAGUAAUUUUCAAUGUUUGAUUUAUUACCUUUUUUAUAUAUAGGAGUUAUUUCUAAAAUUUUAAAACUGCCAGGAAAUGUAGACUUUGAGAUGACCAAAUUCCCACAAUUUCAAUUUAGUCAUCUCAAAGUCUACAUUUCCUGGCAGUUUUAAAAUUUUAGAAAUAACUCCUAUAUAUAAAAAAGGUAAUAAAUCAAACAUUGAAAAUUACCGCCCAUUUCUCAAAUUUCCAAUAUUGCUAAAAACCUUUCAAAAUAUAAUAAAAUAUAAGUUAGUACACCAUCUGGAAAACUUUAAAUUAUUAUCAAAUUUAUUAUUAGGUUUUAGGGCUGGUAAAAAUACAGAGAACAGUAUCAAACUAUAUUUAUAAUACAUUUGAAAAUAAAAAAAAAUGUGAAACUAUCUACUUAGAUUUAGCUAAAGUAUUUGACAUUAUAGACCAUUUAAUAUAAAAUAAUUUUAAUAAAUUUUGUAUCCAAGAUCCAGGCUACGACUUAUUAUUUAAAAAUAGGAAACAAAAAGUUCCAAUAAAUAAUUCCUUAGGCCUAGAAACAGUAACAAUAUGUGGAGGUACUAACCUCUCUCCCACCCUAUUUAUUAUUCAAAUUAACCAAAUAAAAGAUUUAAAGAUACAUAAUAAACUAGUCUGUUAUGCUGAUGAAAUGGUAACUCUUGGGACAAGGUAUUCUCAUUUAUAUAACAUGACCUGAGAAAAAUCAAUAAUUGAUUAUAUGCAAAUAAUCUAUUCUUAAAUUUAUAAAAAACUUACUUAUUACUACACUAUAUAACUAAUUCAAACCAACCAGAUAUAAUCAGCCUGUGUAUUUAUGAAUAUAGAUGCUCAAAUCCAAAAUUUUGUUCAUGUCAAACUUCAUUAAAAAUAGUAAAAUCUUGUAAAUACUUAGGCAUUUAAAUGUAACUUAACUGUAAAUGGCAUGACCACAUUAAACAGACACCAAUAAAACUAAAAAAAAUAAUCUAUGCUUUCAAAAAUUUAGCCUAUUUAUUUGGUAUUAAGAAAAUUAGAAUUGUGUAUAAAGCUCUUACAGAAUCUAUAGUUAACUAUAGUAUUACUAUUUGGGGAUGUGCUUAUGAUAUAACAUUACAUCCAUUAAAAACAAUACAAAAUAGAAUAAUACAAAUUAUUUUAAAAAAGAAUCAUUAUUCAUUAAUAUCACACAGAAUAUCUAUACAAAGAAUUAAAUAUUCUACCAUUAAAAAAUUGUUCUAUAAGACAUCGGUAAUUUAUAUAAUUAAAACUAACCUAACACUUAGUAUUGAUUAUGGAUAUAACACAAGACAAUUAUCAAACCUUACUGUUCCCUGAAUACACAGAAAACUAAACUAUAACUAACUUUUUUUAUAAUCUACUUAUAUAUAGGACCAAAAAUAUAUAAUACACUACCAUUAGACUUCAAAACAACUGUAUCGUUUAAUACUUAAAAAUAACUGGCUGCAAAAUAAACCAAAUUUAAAACUUUAAAUUUUUGUAUGUCUUUAAUCUAGUUGCUUGAAUUUGUAUUUUAUCAAACUGUAUUAUACAUUAAGUCUCCAUAUAUUAAAUAUUGUUACCUACAUUAAUAUGUUUAAGUUAGUUUCAUAAGUCUAAAAUUAUAUAAAAAAUAAGUUAAAUUUAAAUUAUUAUAUCAAUGUAAUAUUUUCCUUAUAAUAAAUUGUGAACUCAAGGGCCCCUAUACAAACCUGUUCAGUAUGGCCCACUUUUCGAAGAAAUAAACAAUAAUAAUAAUAAACCUGAAUUUUAGGGGGAUUGUAUUCUAUAUGGGAUGUAUUUAAAUAGCUUUCCCGGAAAAUGCGGAAUAUUUUGCAAAAAACUGCGUUAAAAUCGCUCUAGUUAUUUUCAAAUGAUGGCAUGACCAAGGAAAAUAGGUGUCCAUUUUUAUAUAUAGAGUUGAUAUAGGUACGAAUCCGAAAUUCCAUAACAUUACUACACAAUGUUUUGUCGAAACUGUGUACGCACGCGCAUGAGUACAUCUUUAGGAUCGUUAAUGGCCGAAGACCUGUUGUGUGCUACGACCCUGGAAUUUCUUGGUCGUCUUUGUCGCACAUUAUUAUUAGUUUCUCUGUCUGUCCGACGGCGUGGCAAUAAACGAUUAUAUUCGGUCGCUGUACGUGCAGUUGCGACUGUCCUUUAAAUCCCCCGUACGUCGUUCACCACUAGCUGUAGACUCUCAGACAACGACAACGUAUAAACAACAGGGGUGCCCAACAUGCGGCUCACGUAUUAUGUACGAAAACCAAAAUUUUCUUAUUAUUAUUAUUAUUAUGAAUUUAAAUUUUUUCCGUAUAAAAGAAUACAAAAUGUUGUUAUUAUAUAGAUAUAAUAGGCUAUAAAAUACAGAUUAAUAAACAAAUAUAUAAUAAGAUAUAAGACUGUAUUCUACAAGACGAUAUAUUAAUCUAUCUACGAAUCUAAGGCUGUAGAAUACAGGUUAAUAUUCAAAUAAAUAUAAUAAAUUAAUAUAAAUAAUACAUUUUAAAAAAAGAGCUGAUACUGGUGAUGGGAGCGGCCACUGUUGUAGGUGAGAAGUUAGGAAAGUAGGAUACAUAAGGUUAUUUUAUUUUUAUCUGUAAGCAACGAUAAACCAUUACUUGACGAAAGACGAUUCCGAGCGCAGUUCGGUAAUAUAUAAUUUGAAGUGCCCUAAAUUUUUUUUGCAGUUUUCAUUUAAAUUUGAUAUAAAAACUAAAGUCUUGUAAUUUUUGAAAUAUCAGUCGAACUUGACAUAUUGAAUAUAUAAUAUUAAGUAGUAUAAUAUUACAAAACAAUAAAAAAGAAUAUAUAUUUAACUAUGUGACAACAACCAAAGUUGAAUAGAUAUAUUGUAAUAACUGUGAAAAAUGUAGUGUUUAUACUAGACCGCCCAUGAAACAAACGCAUGUUGUGUGUGACGUCACCAGAUCACGACAAUCUAGCGAUCGCAACCCGCUUUCUAUGUGCCUGAGCCUUAAUUGUUGGCGAAUACCUAGAACAUAUCUAGUUGUUAAUACUACUCGUCUAUUAAAAUCAUAACCGAUAACAAUUAGUGACAUAUACGGUAACCGAUGACACUGUAAUUGGCCGUAAAAGUUUACGGUUUUCGUAACCAUUUUCCUAGUAUGGUGAGACCGUUCACUCGUCUACUACAACUAAUGCAAUAAUGUUACCUCUACAUUAAUUAUAAUAUUCGAAUUUUAGGCGGGCAUUUUAUCUCUCUUUUAUAACUAAUUAAUAUCAUACAAAUAUCAUAAGACAUGAGUAUUUUUAAUAAUAAUUUAAUACUUAAAAAAAAUAAAUAACUAACUGGCUGCAAAAUGAACCAAUUUUAAAACUUCAAAUAUUUUUAUGUCAUUAAUCUACUUGCUUGCAUUUAUAUUUAAUCAAACCAUAUUAUACAUUACCUUAUGUCUCCUUGUUUUAAUUAUUGUUACCUACAUUGUAUAUUUUAAGUUAGUUUUAUCUAAUAAGUCUAAAAUUGAAAAAAAAAAAAAGCUAAAUGUAAAUUAUUAUUUAAAUUUAUUUUUUUUUUUAUUAUAAAUUGUGAACUUAUGGGCCCCCACAUGAACCUAUUAUCUUUUUGAAGAAAUAAACAAUAAUAAUAUAAGUUGAUAUUUAAAAUUGGCUGUUAUAGAAUUUUUCUUUGUAAAAUGUAAACAAUAAACAAAACAUUUUUAUUUGAAAGAUAAAUAAUAAAAUUUCAGGAUAAUUAAAUUAUCUGGUUAAAUGGUUAUUUUUAAAAUAGGUAAUGUAAAUGUAAAACCACAUUAUUUAAAAAGGAAAAAGACACUGCUUUUAGAUUUAUUAUAUUUAUUUAGCAAUGGUGGAACCAAACUUGAAAGGGAAAUUGUCUUUAAUUUCUUAUUUAUUUUAUCUUUUAGGAUGAAAAUAAUGUAAUACAAAAUAAUAAGAAGACUAUAGAUCGAAACUUCCAAGAUGCUAUUAUUGAAGCAUCUCAAGAACACAGUAGAUACAUUUUAAAUAAAGACAAAAAUAAUGAUGUAAAAACAAAACAAUGCUCUAUAGUAAAUUAUUAAAUUUCUUUAAUAACACCAGACAAUUUUUAAUAAUUAAUUUUUCUCAUUAUAGAAGCCUCCCAAAUAUGUUCCAAUUAAGGUUAACAAACCUUUUGGCAAUGUAAAAAUUGAGGAACUUGGUACUAAGAAUAUGUCUCCAUGUGACUGUAAUCCAAACCAGGAAAAUCCAUGUGGUUUAGAUUCUGAUUGUAUAAAUAGGUAUUUUAUAACCACUUUUUUUUGAAUAUUAUACUAAAUUUUAAUUUAUCUUGUAGAAUACUGACAUAUGAAUGUCAUCCAAAAUUAUGCCGAGCUGGUCACAAAUGUAAUAAUCAAAACUUUGAAAAAAGAUUGUAUCCAAAGAUGGUUCCAUUUUUAACAAAACACAAAGGCUGGGGGCUUAAAACUUUAGUCAAUAUAAAAGAAGGUUUGGGUUUGUAAAAUUCUUAAAAAUACAAUUUGAUAAAUUAUUAUAAUUUUAGGAUCAUUUAUAAUUGAGUAUGUUGGUGAUGUUAUUGAUAAAGAAGAAUUUCAAAAGAGAUGUCAUGAAAUGAGCAGUCGGAAUGAUCAAAAUUAUUAUUUUUUGGCCAUAGAUAAUUCUAGAAUAAUUGAUGCUGGACUCAAAGGAAAUAUGUCAAGGUAAAAAUAAUUUCAAUGUAUCAAUGAAUAUAAAGAUAGUUUGAGGAAAGAGUAAUUUAAAUUUAUUUAAAAUUAUAGACUUUUCCAUUAUUAAUUUAAAAUGAUUGUAUUAAAUACAUAAAGUAUUGCAUAGUUGUUGUAUUUAAAUAAUUUCUUAAAGGCAGAUCAAAUUUAUAUUAAAUAUUAUAAUAACAAAUUAAAAGCUCUUAAAAUCGUCAAAAAAGUGUUUAAACAUGUCAUUAACGCCAUGUAAAAGUAAAAAAUUAUUGUUAGAGUUAGCCCCCCUCACCUCAAACAUCUUUAAUUUAUUACACACAAUUUUUUAACACUACAAUAAUAAUUAAGGAAAAAUAAUUUUUUUUUUAUAAUAAGUACAAUUUUAUUUUUAAAAAAUGGCUAAGUAAAUCAUUUUUUAAUAAUUUAAAAUUAUUAAUAUCCUAUUUGAUGAUAUGGAAAUGUUGUAUUUAUAUAGUUUUUUAUUUAAUAACAGAUUUUUGAACCAUUCAUGUGAACCAAAUUGUGUAACACAGAAAUGGAUAGUGAACGGAAACACUAGAAUUGGAUUUUUUGCUUUACAGGACAUUACAGCUGGUACAGAGCUGGUGUUUGAUUACUGUUUGGAGAGUUGCUCAGGAGUUGAGAAAAUACCUUGUCAAUGUGAGGCUGCUAGAUGUUCUAAAUUGAUUGGGGUCAAAGUGAUAAACUAA